CAAGACGGUGCGCCUGCGCGAGUCUUGUGGGAUGGUUGUUGGCGGCUGCUGGUGGUAGUUGUGGCAAGGAGUGGUGACAGCCGUCAUGUCAAACAAGGAAGUGAAAGCAGCAUUGAAAAGUGCCAGAGAUGCAAUAAGAAAUAAAGAAUACAAAGAAGCACUGAAACACUGCAAGGCUGUACUGAAACAAGAAAAAAAUAACUACAAUGCCUGGGUAUUUAUCGGUCUGGCAGCUGCUGAGUUGGACCAACCUGACCAAGCCCAAGGGGCCUACAAAAAGGCUGCUGAGCUUGAACCAGGACAGUUGCUGGCAUGGCAGGGCUUGGCUAAUUUAUAUGAAAAAAUGACUCAUGCAGAUGUCAGAGAAGAUUUGAUUAAAGUUUACCAGAAACUUCUGGAACUCUAUGAGAGCACUGAUAAACAGAAGUGGUGUGAAGUGUGUAGAAAGCUUGUGCAGCAAUAUCAGCAAGAAAAAAAUUACCUUCAGGUUGCUCGAAUGUGGCACAAGCUAAUAAAAAUAAAACAGGAAGAAGGUGCCGAUAAUGCCGAGCUUCAUCAGCUGUGGAAGAGAUUGGUCCAGUUACUGGAAGAAGGCACACAUCUCCAGGAUAAUGAAACACAGCAACUGCUACUUAAUGCAUUUGAAGAGGCAGUGAAUUCCGCAGACCCAGUGCCAAGUGAAGAGCACCAAAAGCUUUACAGCAAGUUCAUUCAGUGUUUGUCAAAAAUGCCGCAUGAGUCUUCUAGACUAAAGAAAGCCUGUGAAGAUAUGAUGAUGAUGUACGCUGCUGUGAGUGAUCCUCUGGAAGUUCUUUGUGUGCAUUUCAUUCAAUCAGGCAUUUUCACUGAGGAGUCCUUGAAAUGUUGCCAGAAGCUUUUAGAUAUUGACUCAAGAAGUGGGCCAGCUCUUAUUGGUUUAGGAAUUCACUUUCUCCAAGAAAAAAAUUAUGAAGAAGCUGAAAAAAAACUAACAGAAGGUUUGCAGAAGACCAGCCAGUGUCCAGUAGCGUGGUGUUACUUAGGAAAGGCACAGGUGAAAAUGCAUAAGUACAAAGAGGCUGUUCAUGCUUGUAAUCAAGCUUUAAAGACACUGGGACAACUUAAUGACUCCAGUUCCAGUCAGCAACAGAAAGACCUUGCCCAUUUUUUCAAAGCAGUGGCCUUGCUUAAAAUUCCAAGUUCUGACUCUGCAGAAGAAGCCAUAAGUUCCCUCACUCAGGUAUGUGAUUUGUUUAAAAAAAACAACGAUCCAAAACUUAUAGCUCUUAAAGGACAGGCCCAUUUAAAUAAAGGACUUGCUGAUGAAGCUUUUAAGAUUGCAGAAGAACUUAAACUGACACAUCCUGAACUGGCAGAAGCUUAUUAUCUUGAAGGGUUGAUUCAUUACAGGCACAAGAACUAUCAUGAGGCAGCAACAAGUUUCCAGAGAGCUAUUGAAAAAGAAGCUGAAGUUGCUGACUUCCAUUUCUGCCUGGGCCUCACUUACUGGUUUAUGAGUGAAGAGACAAGAAAAGAUAAAUCUAAAGCUCUUACUCAGUUUCUGAAGGCAGCAAAACUGGACAAUUACUUUGGAGGUGCAUUUCGCUAUUUAGGUCACUACUAUAAGGAUAUUGCAGGAGAUAAAAACAGAGCUCUUGGCUGUUAUAAAAAGGCUUUUGAGAAAGAUAAAACAGAUGGAGAAGCUGGAGCAGCAGUGGUAGACUUAAGCACUGAACUUGGAGACUUGGAAACUGCUCUUACCAUCUUGACGGAUGUCACUGAACGAGCCAGUGCUGGGAGAGCAAAAUGGGCCUGGCUUCGUCGUGGACUGUAUUACCUCCGAGCUGGUCAGCAUUCCCAAGCAGUGGCAGAUUUGCAGGCAGCACUUCGAGCAGAUCCAAAGGAUCCCCACUGUUGGGAAUCCCUCGGAGAGGCAUAUCUGAGCAGAGGGGGCUACACCACCGCGCUGAAGUCUUUCCGAAAGGCCAGAGAACUAAACCCCAAGUCUAUAUAUAGUAUUUAUAAGGCUGCAGCAAUUGAGCAGAUCCUAGGAAAAUAUAAAGAAGCUAUUGCAGAAUAUCAACACAUCUUGAAGAAAUCAGAUAAUUAUGUCCCUGCGCUGAAAGGAUUGGGGGAAUGCUAUCUAAUGUUGGCAAAGAUGGCCCUUGCUGACUAUCUGGAUGGGAAAGCUCUGGACUACAUUGAACAUUCCCUUACUUUUUUAGCACGAGCAACAAAGCAUCGUCCAGAAGUGUCUUGCCUUUGGAAGUUGCUUGGAGAUGCUUGUAGUUCUGUUUGUGUUAUUUCAUCAUCCAAAGUGAAUGUGCAAGUUUUAGGAUUCCUUCUUGGUCAGAACAUGGACAAAUGUGUGCUAAACAAAAGUGAUCUGCUCAGUCUGGGGGGAAGGUGUUAUAGCAGGGGAUUAAAACUGAUGUCUUCACCAAAUACAUGGUGUGAUCUUGGGAUAAAUUACUAUCAUCAAGCACAGCACCUUACAGCACUGGACAGGAACAAGAAUGAGACAAGUGACUUGUUAGAGAAAUCUGUACAGUGUCUUAAAAAAGCUGUGAGAUUAGACAGUAAAAAUCAUCUAUACUGGAAUGCCCUUGGUGUGGUGGCCUGUUGCAAAGGUGUUGGAAACUAUGCCCUUGCUCAACAUGCAUUCAUUAAAUCUAUUCAAGCAGACCAAAUUAACAUUGUUGCCUGGACUAACUUGGGUGUCUUGUACUUAACAAGUGGAAACAUAGAGCAAGCACAUGAAGCCUUCAAAGUAGCCCAGUCCCUGGAACCUUCCUAUCUAACAUGUUGGAUUGGGCAGGCUCUCGUUGCAGAAACAAUAGGCAGCUAUGAAACUAUGGACCUCUUCAGGCAUACAACUGAACUCAGCAUGCAUACAGAGGGAGCAAAAGGCUAUGCCCAUUUUGUAUGCUCAACCCUGCAAGAUGAAACCAUCAGAAACACUGAAUUGUAUAGGUACAAUAUUCUUCAGAUGAAUGCUAUUCCGGCUGCACAGGUUGCUCUGACCAAAUACACAGAAAGAAUCCAAAAUGAUGCAUGUGCCUUCACAAUGCUUGGUUAUUUGAAUGAAUAUCUUCAACUGAAAAAGCAGGCAGCAGAUGCAUACCAAAGGGCAGUUCUCUUACUGAAAAAUUCUGAAGAUAAAGAGAAAUACAAUAUAGCAAUGAGAAAUUAUGGGAGGUCAAUGUGUGCUCUUGAGCAUUAUGAUGAUGCUGUCCAGGCUUACUUAUCAACUUACCUCACAGAAUUUGAAGAUAUUCUAGGAAUUGCCCUGGCUUACUUUAAGAAAGGACAUUUUCAAGAAAGUAAGAAGGCUUAUGAGAGAGCACUUUCUGCUGCUGAAAAUGAGCAAGACAAAGCAUACAUCCUGACAGCCCUUGCCAUAAUGGAAUACAAGCAGAAUCAAGUGGAAGCGGCAAAGGCCCUCUUGUUUAAAUGUUCUAUAUUACAGGAACCAAAUGUGGAAAGUCUGCAAGCUUUAUGCACUUUAGGGCUGAUAAAGCAGGAUGCUACACUGGCAACAGCAGCACUUAAAGAAUUAUUAAAGCAUGUAAAAAGAAAAGAUGAUUAUAAGAAGUGCCUUCUCACGUCUGCUGUCUAUGCAUUACAAGGCAGAAAUAUGGCUGUCCGGAGACAAGUUUCUAAAGCUAUCCACAGCAAUCCAGAUAAUCCUGCCCUGUGGUCUCUUCUAUCUCAACUGGUACCGCAGUAUACACCACAGAACGCAAAGGGUGGCGCUGCAGCAGGAACUGUUGCUCACAUUCUUGAUUUGAACCAUGGAAAGAAAGCCUUGAUGAAUACUGCAGUUAAUCAGUUGGCUGUAGGAUCUCAUACAACUGAAAACGAAAAGAACAAUGCAUUGAAGAAUAUCCAAAAGGCAGUCCAUCUUUCCCCAGAUGAUGCUGCUGCUUGGGCAGUGCUCCUGGCUGCCUGUCAUGCUGAAAACACAGUUGCUUGUCUGCAUAAUGCACAGCCCAAGAGAACACAUUUAAUGGAAAUGCUUGUAGCUACAAUUUCAAUAAAAACUAAAGAAAAGGAUCUUCCAGCUCCCCAUGCUCAAGCUCUUGAGGAGUGGUCUCUUUUCCAAGCUAUUACUGGCUUAAAUGAAACAGGCAGAGCCGCAGAAGCCGAGGCGCUCUGCACAAAGGGGUUGAAAAUGUUUCCCGAACAACCAAUGUUGUACUUGCUUUUAAGACAAGUUCAGUGUAAACCCCUUAUGCAGUCUCACAAACAGCUUCCUGAUGCCAUCCUAGAAGAGCUGCGGAAGGCUGUGAUGUCCAACUCCUCUUCAGUUACAGCUUGGCAUUGGCUGGCACAAGUGUACCAGUCUCAGCGGAUGAUGGUUGCUGCAGAAAUGUGUUACCGAAAAAGUCUGCAGGUGGCAUCCCAGCAGGGCAACUGGAGUGGGAAGCUCUCUAGCCUACUAAGACUUGCUAAGCUUGCGCUAGAAAUCUGCAUGGCUAAUAUUUCAAAAGAUCAUUGGCAAUCUCUGAUUCAAGAAGCCACAACAGAAGCUCUGAAACUUACCUUCUGCCCUCUGGCCUUUCUGUUUCAAGCACUUCUGCAAUACAACCGUAAAAUGGGCUCCAGAGAAACUCGUCGCAUGCUAGAAAGAGUGGUGUAUCAACCUGGGUAUCCAGAAACUGUAAUAUCAGUUGCCCGAUGGUAUCUCUUAAGACACUUAUAUGCCAAAGAUGAUUAUGAAUUGAUAGAUGCUCUGGUGGCAAAUGCAAAAGUUAAUGGAGAUGUUCGAGCAUUGGAACUAAACAAGAAACUCUCAGCAGAAGCAUCCUAGUAUGAGUUCCAUUGAGGAGUCAGACAGAUGAAGACUAACUCUAGAUGCCCAAGGAAUCAACAGCAACAUAGCAAUUAUUCCUUAAAGUCCAAGGAACUGUUUUAUUAAACAAGUUGUAGCAAUUUUCCAGCAUAUUUGCAAAGGAACCUUUCAUUAAACUGUUGCAAUUCA